AUGGUCUUUGUUGAAGUUGUUGUUAGCAUUGUCCAUUUCUUCAUAUUAUUUACUGAACACAACGAGGAUUUCUCAAUUCUCACGAAAAAAAGACGUGAAAUGUCAUAAAUUUCCAUCGUUCCAUCGACAAGAGCUCACGCUAUCAAGUGUCUGAGAUGCAAAGUGAAGCGGAAGCUCGUGCUGUUGAGACAGCUGUCAGAGCCGCUGUGCUGAGUGUGGUGGAUGUGAUAAAUAAUAUUUACACAAGCCGACUGGUGGAUUACCAAAGAAAGGUUGCUGAAAAAGACAAAGAGAAUGCCCUCCUCAAAGCAGAAGCUGUCAGGACCGAGAAAGAACUCGCACGUCUGCGGCGACUGGCAGGUUCCCAGCGAAGUGAAGAUGUCAGAUCUCCAAGCACCGAUGUACAGGAAAAUCUAUUUCUUUUGGCCACACAUUGUGGCAAACAUGCACAGCCAACUGGACCUUUUCAAAGCAACGUAAAACAGUCCAAAAGUGCUAAUACUGAAUUCCAGUAUGAACGUCUGAGUCUGGGCAGAACUGCCUCAAGUCCACGUGACGACGUGGUUACAGGCUCUCCACCUCCGGUCUGCUCGCCAUCCUGGGACUCAGAAGGCCAAGUGGACUUUGUUGAUAGCAUAGAGUUCCCUCUGGUCAAAGAGGAGCGUGCCAACACAGACACUGUUUACAUUAAGUGUGAAGUAAAGGAGGAGAACACCAGUGACUUUCUGGAGGACAUGUCUACUGAUCAAUACCACAGUGAUCCUCAUUCAUCAUGGACUCUGGAGAGGGAGACACCUGAGAACUACAGUUUUACCCACCAUCACCCAUCAGAGGUCCAGACUCAUACAAGAAGUCCCUCCAGUGCUCUGUGGGGACAUGGAAGACUGGGCUACUCUGUCCCAAGGCGUAAAAAAAAGAAGCAUGAUGUCAUGGACGGAAAUCGCGAGAGCUCAAGACGCUACAGAGAGAGGAUCCGUGCUGAUCCAGCAAAGUACCAAGCCUACCUUCAGCAGGAGAGACGCAGGUACCAGCAGAGGAAAAAGUUGAUCCACGAGUUGCCUGAAGAAAUGCAAAGACAGAAAAGAGAGUUGUGGAGGGAAGCUACCAGAAAAUCCCGAGCCAUGAAGAAAUCUCACACAGAGCAGUGGACACAGCCUCUCUGACCAUGAAACCACUCUGACCAUGCUGGACAAGUGUGCAUGUGUGUAAUGCACUUUAAGUGGCUUACUCUGUGGACUGGGGCCAAUGAAUAGACAAGUCCUCGCCUGAAAGCCCCAUUUUCAUUGCGACACACAGGGAAGCACAGUGCACUCACAGUGAAAAUACAUUUAUCCCUCACCCAUACAAUGGGGCAGCCCAACAGGUGCGGCGAAUGGAGCAAUGCAACGGACUAUGUGGGGAAUUGAACCUGCAAUCCUACAGGCCCAAGCCUGAUAGUGAUACCUUAGCUGUUCACCCAUGACCGCCAUUUCAUCAUUUGAAAAUACAAAGAGUCAAGAUCAUGUUUUUGUUUUCUGACUAAUGGGUAUAUUAUAUAAACAGGCCUAUA